CCCCAAAUAGCUAACAACAACAACAACAACAACACACUCUCUCUCUUUCUCUGAGUCUUCUUCUUUCCAUUUCUAUCUUUUCUUCUUAACCAAGAGCUUAGUCAAAGCUUCGCCUCCAUUACUCUUUCUAAUUCUUCUCUUUUUAUCUCUCUUCAACCCUUUCUUCUUUAGGAAAAACGGUAUGGAUGGAAUAACAAGCAGUUGUAGUACUACAGACGAGAGCACCACCAGUACUACGGAAUCCGCAUCCCUAUCAGCUGCCAACGCCGCCGCUGUCCCUCCGUCGGUGCCUCCACCGCCUGAAAGGUUGUGUCGAGUGGGGAGCGGUGCCAGCGUGGUUUUAGACACUGGGUCGGAGAGCGGCGUGGAAGCCGAGUCGAGAAAGCUUCCGUCGUCGAAGUACAAAGGUGUGGUCCCACAGCCGAACGGGCGUUGGGGGGCCCAGAUUUACGAGAAGCACCAGCGCGUGUGGCUUGGCACUUUCAACGAAGAGGACGAAGCUGCAAGGGCCUACGACGUGGCCGCCCAGAGGUUCCGCGGCCGCGACGCGGUGACCAACUUCAAGCCUUUAUCGUCUGAGACGGACGAGAUCGAGGCGUCGUUUUUGAGCUCGCAUUCAAAGGCGGAGAUCGUGGACAUGCUCCGCAAGCACACCUACAAUGACGAGUUGGAGCAGAGCAAGCGCAACUACGGCGCCACUGGAUCCCACAACAACCGUAUGAUGAUGAUGAAGCAUCUCCUCAUGAAGUCGUCUGGGUUCGGAUCCGGGUCGGAUGACCCGCUCCUCAUGAAACAACAUGUCCGCGAGCAACUGUUCGAGAAGGCCGUCACGCCAAGUGACGUGGGAAAGCUUAACAGGCUCGUCAUACCCAAGCAACACGCCGAGAAACACUUUCCGCUCCAGAGCUCGAACACCUCCAAAGGGCUCCUGUUGAAUUUCGAGGACGGAGGUGGGAAGGUGUGGAGGUUCCGAUACUCCUACUGGAACAGCAGUCAAAGCUAUGUGUUGACCAAAGGCUGGAGCAGGUUCGUCAAGGAGAAGGGUCUCAAAGCCGGUGACAUUGUCACUUUCCAGCGCUCCACUUGUAAUGGGCCUGAUAAGCAGCUUUACAUUGAUUGGAAGGCUAGGGACAAUGGGCCGACCGCCGGCCCCGGCCCAGUCCAACAACCGCAGCUGCAGCAGUCGCCGCCGGUCCAGAUGGUCCGGCUGUUUGGGGUCAAUAUUUUUAAGAUACCUGGGAGUGGGGUCGUCGUAGAAGCUGGGAUUGGUGGUGGUUGCAAUGGGAAAAGAAUAAGGGACUUGGAAUUGUUGGAAUUAGAGUGUGCUAAGAAGCCAAGGAUAAUAGGAGCCUUGUAAUGAUAAUUAUCAAAGAAAAAAAGAGGAAAAAAAAAGGUUUAUUUCUCUUUUUUUCUACUUUUUUUUUCCAUGGUUUUUUUUUUUUGUAUUUUAGCAUCCUGUGAAGAGGGGAAAGAAAAAAAAAAGGAAAAAUAGGAUCAGUUGGAAGUUGAAUAGUGGGAAGGGGAAAAAAAGGAAAAGGAGAAGGUGUAGUUGCAACUUGCUAAAUUUGAAAUUGUAUAUUAUAUGACAAAAAAGAAAGCAGCUGAAAAAAGCUGUAAUUUUAACUGCUACAAUAGCUAAGAAAAAUAAAAAAAGAAUUAUGAGGAUAA